GCUAUCUCGCUGCUAGCUUGGAACGCCAUCUUGAACCGACAGGGUGUUUAAACCCGAGAGAACUCAGCCAAGGGGGUCGACAGGAGUUCCGGCGUUUGUUUUUUUUCGUUCCUUCGAACCCCCGGGGGCCGCUGAAAAGGCUCCAGGCAUGGCUCGGAGCCCUUAUAAGUCACAUUAAAGCCAUAGCAGCGAGGACAUCGCCGCGGCGCUUGUAGUUAGCUUUUAGCUAGCUAGCUAGCUAGUUAGCAAGGGGGAGGAGCGGGGUUUUGAGUGCAUUUGUUUUCUCCCGCAGAAGUAGUUUGUUUAUGUUAUUCCACACGGACAUGUCAUCUUCAAACCAAGACUUAACAGACCCCGGUCUGGGCAUGGGGGCAAGUGGCACCCAAGCAAGCGGCGGGGCUGUGGUGCCAAAAGGGAGCAACAAGAGACGAGCCCCUGAUUUUGACGACGACGAGGGCAGCAAGUUGUUCAGGUGUGACGAUGACUCGGGGGGGCCCAACAACGACAAAGAGCGCUUCGCUAGGGAGAACCACAGCGAGAUUGAGAGGCGGCGGCGGAACAAGAUGACGGCCUACAUCACAGAGUUGUCGGACAUGGUGCCCACGUGCAGCGCCCUGGCACGGAAGCCCGACAAGCUGACCAUCCUGCGAAUGGCCGUGUCGCACAUGAAGUCUCUGCGAGGGAGCGGCAACACCAACGCCGACGGAUCCUACAAGCCUUCCUUUCUCACCGACCAGGAGCUGAAGCACCUCAUCCUGGAGGCAGCCGACGGCUUCCUGUUCGUGGUGUCGUGCGAGACGGGCCGCGUCGUAUACGUCUCGGACUCGCUGACGCCUGUCCUGAACCAGUCCCAGUCGGACUGGCUGGGCUCGUCGCUCUACGACCAACUCCACCCGGACGACACGGAGAAGCUGAGGGAGCAGCUGUCUACUGCAGAGAACACCACCACGGGGAGGACGUUGGACUUGAAGACGGGAACGGUGAAGAAGGAAAGCCAGCAGUCCUCCGCCAGGAUGACAAUGGGAGCCCGUCGCUCGUUUAUAUGCAGAAUGAGGUGUGGCUCGUGUCCCGUGGAACCGCUGUCCAUGAACAGACUAAACUUCCUCAGGAAUAGAAACAGGAACGGCUUGGGCGCAGCAAAAGAAGGAGACCCCCAGUAUGUGGUGGUCCACUGUACAGGCUACAUCAAGUCCUGGCCGCCUGCCGGAGUGUCCUUAUCAGACAGCGAGCCAGACAACACUCAGGGGAGUCGCUACUGUCUCGUCGCCAUCGGCAGACUGCAGGUGACCUGCUGUCCAGGCGACACGGACGUCAACAGCAUCAGCGUUCCGGUGGAGUUCAUCUCGCGCCACAACUGCCAGGGCAUCUUCACCUUUGUCGACCACCGAUGUGUGGCGGCCGUCAGCUACCAGCCUCAGGAGCUCUUGGGGAAGAAUAUCCUGGAACUCGCCCACCCUGAAGACCAAGGCUUACUCCGAGAUAGCUUCCAACAGGUGAUGAAGCUGAAGGGUCAAGUCCUAUCGGUGAUGUUCAGGUUCCGUUCCAAAUCCAGAGAAUGGAUCUUGAUGAGAACCAGCUCCUUCACUUUCCAGAAUCCAUUUUCCGAGGAGAUUGAAUACAUCAUCUGCACAAACGUGAACGUCAAUAGAAACGCCAGUCAGGACCCCCUCACUCCCAUCUCCUCCCCAAGCGGUUUGCUGCCCCCCUCCCUGGGUCAGAGAAGCUCAAAUGGCUCGCCUGUGGUUCUUAGCCCAGGGCAGGUAGCUACCAGGCAGUUGCAGCAGCAGCAGGCCGAGCUGGAAGUGGGCGGAGCAAGGGACGCCAUGUACGAGGCAGGACCCAUCACGCUCUCCCAGGUGCCAGUGCAACCGGUGACGCCAGCCGAGCCGGACCACAGCAAGACCCUGGACAAGCCGGAUCUCUACCCCUCCCUUUUCCAAGGCCCCAGUCAGACAAAGGCUAUGCCCUCCACCUCCACACCCGCCACCCAAAUCUACCCUGCGGUCAACAACUUCACUGCUGGUCGCUCCAGCGAUGCAUACAGGCCGGUCAGUAUGGCCCCGCAGAUGACACAGCCGGCCCACUCGGCAGGGCAGAUGUUGGCCCAGAUGUCACGACAGAACGGCGUCCCGCAGCCUGUCACCCCCUCGAACACCGGCAGCCCUCUCCAUGGAGGCGGAGGAUGGCCUGGUCCGGGGACAGGUGCCGGAAGCCAGUUCAGUAACCAGCAGCAGGUGGCUCCCCAAGCAGCAAAGACCAUGUCUCCACCUUUUGCCUCCAUGGGUGGUUUUGGAGGCGGCUCUUCUAGUUCUUUUGGCCAGAUGCCCACCGGUGCCGCUCCGAGCCAGACCGGCAGCGCAAACUACCCUCAGAUAAACGCACGUGCCACCAUCAACGCCAGCGGUUACGAUGGUUCUCAAUCGCAGUUCCCCUCCCGGGCAACGGAGGCAGCGUGGCCCCAGUGGCAGGGCCAGCAGCACUCGCAGGGCAACGCAGACCAACACCCGCAUGCGCAAGGCAACCAGCAGGACAUGUUCACCGACGUGUUGUCCAUGCUGGAACCCGCCAACAACUUCAACAGCGACGACUUUGAGAUUUCCAUGUACCCUUCGUUAGCCUUCAACGAGUGACUGCAGGUCCUCCCUCCUUCCCGCCGCUCGCCUCACCUCACCUUUUUUACUGCUCCUCCUGCUCCUGGCGCUCUUUUCUUUUACUGUGCUCUGCUUCCUCCCUUCCUUCCUCCCUUCCUUCCUUCCUUCCUUGCACUGCUCAGCACGGAGCCAUUGUACACUGCAGGUAAAGCAGGAGAUGAGGCUGCUAAUUACAAGAAGAGUAACUUUAUUCCAGCCAUUGUUCUCCACAAAAGCACACACACACACAAUGGCCUUUUUUUCUUGUAUUCCUGGUUUUUCUCAGGCAUUUUGAACUUUUAGCAUGCAGGCUAAGCAAUUUCAUCUUUUUUUUUUUAACUCUCAGGAAAUGUCAGCGUUUUUAUUUUUUUUUAUUGACCACACGGUUUGUGCUUUUUGCAUUCUGAUGGUUUUAUCUUCCUGUGCAUGACGGCGCUGCUUCGUUAUGCAGAUCAUCAUUCACCAGUACGCUUUUCUAUGUACUGAGGUGGCUUCACCUACUAACUCUUGCUCUGCUUUCUUAUCAAUCACUCGGAUUCAUUUAUUUCUCACACACGCACGCUCCCAGUGGUCACCGAGCUAUUUCCUGUUUCCUGACUACAGCUUGUGUGCAUAGCAGGGGUGUCACGGGAUCUCACCAGGUUCAGAUAUUAGAUAUCAGAAUUAAUUAAUUAUCCAAUCAAUGAACAUGAACUGGAUAAUUUAGCAUCAAUGUAUCGGCGUCAGCAUGCGUGUCUGUUUUUGGACCACGGAGUCGUCGGGCCGUUACGGGGAAAUAAAAUCUGGGACUUCAAGAAUAAAGUCGUACAUUUAUGACGGGGGGAAAAAAAAAGGGCGUAUAUUUACGAGACUGAAGUCUUUAUGAUUUAAAAAAAGUCCUACACUUUAUGAGGCAAAAUGUCGUAUACUUCCCAGGAAAAGUAGUACAUUUAUGACAAAGUCGUACAUUUAUUAGGCAAAAAGUUGUAUACUUAGGAGGAAAAGUUUAUGCCAGUAAGGUCAUAAAUUUACAAUAAAGUCACACAUUUUGAGGAAAAAAGUCAAUACAUUUGAGGUCGUCCAUUUAAAAGAAAAAAGUCUUAAAUUUAUGACAAAAAAAAGUUGUAUCUGUAUGAGAAUAAAGUUGUAUAUUUAGGAGAAUAAAGUCUAAAAUCUACAAGAAAAAAAGUUGUGAAUUCAUGUGAAAAAAGUAAUAAUACGAGGAGAAUAAAAUGUUCCAUUUAUGAGAACGAAGUAGUACUAUUAGGUACUAUUAUGUGUCCUAGGGAGAAAAGCUUCAGGCCAGCUUUUAUUGAUAACGUGGCAGCAAAACACAAACAGGUUAGCAUGGCUAAAUGUACGGCUUUAUUCUGGUAAAUUAAUUAGUCGGCCCUAAUACUCCUCAUCUCUGGCCUUCAAACGUGUAGAAAGACGUUCUGUUUCAGCACCGUAGAACAGCGGCACGAACGGAAUGAGACCUUUUGCCAGUCUCUUAGUCUUGGCGGGUGGAGGCGGGGCCGCUAGCAUACACACAGAGAGUGCAGAAGAAUGUAAUGCAGUAAAAAAAAAAUCAAAUUGCAGUGUUUUCUUCGUUGUACUUUUAAAAUGUUCAAAUGUCAUCCGGUCCGGUUCUCGUAGACCCGAUGCGGUCGUGUCUGGUGACACCCCUGCUGCAUACCGUACGUAUUGAAAGCAAACUAUCGUUAUCGCUUCUUCCGUUGCCAAGCAUUACUUUGUACUACGUAUGAGCGCUUUGUAUUCCUUUUGUUAAAAAAAAAACUCAAGAAAAACCCCAAAAUACUGCACAGAGCAAUAAGUUACCAAGCAGCAGUUGUGUAUUUUUUAAAGCCAUUCUUUUUUUGUCUUGUGAAUGUCAUCCCUAAUUAUUAUUAUUAUUAUUAUUAUUGUCAUUGUUGUCGUUGUUUUUGGAAGGCAUGAUAGUCAUUCUUGAUGGAAGCGAGAUAUGUUGUGACCUUUCCGACCUCUGAUUGGUUGAUUGGUGGAAUGGGGAUUUGAUUUGGAGAUGGUUUAAUCAGGGUAUUUAGGAUACAAAUGGGAAAAAAAAAAUCUAAACCAUGAUCAAGUUCCUUUUGAACUGGACUUUGAACAUCUUUGCCAACACAGCUCAGACUUUUUUGUGUUUUGUGCUCCGUUGAUGUUGCUUCAAAAAAAAAAAAAAAAAGUAUCAUUUUGCCAUUUUUCAAAAAAGACAACUUUGUAUUGUUUGUGUAUGUACCACACUUAGUAAGUCGUACGUCAAGUCUUUGUUUGAAGGAGAUUUGUUUGUCUUUGGUUGUUUCUUAUUGCG